CACCUUUUAACUCUGCACUCGCUCUCAUCGGCACAUCCACGAUUCACAACCAGAGCAGCACAGUAGUAGUACUCCCUCUCCAAGAGCGCACACAGCCCGAGUUCGAUACCGGAAGAUCAUGUCUCCGAUCCGGGUCGGCAUCCUAGGUCUGUCCGCCACAAGCUCCUGGGCCGUACAAGCCCAUCUUCCUUACCUCAUCUCCUCGCCAAAGUACACCAUCACUGGCGUCUGCAACUCGUCCCGGGAAUCGUCGCAGAAGGCAAUUGACGCUCACUCUCUGAAAGAUGCCAAAUCAUAUGGAACCCCGGACGAACUGGCUGCCAGCGCCGAGAUAGACUUGGUUGUUUGCGCAGUGCGCGUCGACCGCCAUUACGAUGCUCUCAAACCCGCGAUUGCAGCAGGCAAAGAUGUCUUUGUGGAGUGGCCACUGGCAUCCAACUCGAAGGACUGCAAGGAGCUACUAGCGCUAGCCGAGGAGAAGGGUGUAAAGACCAUGGUCGGCCUGCAAGGUCAGAUCAGUACGCCAAUCAAACGGAUGAAGGAUCUUGUCGACCAGGGCGCAAUUGGCCACGUGAUUAGCAGCAGCAUUGACUUAUGGACUGCACUCAGUACUGCGGAAACUCGUGAAGGCUACGAAUAUCUCAACUUCAGGGAACUUGGCGGGAAUAUGAUGAUCAUCCCCUUCGGGCACUUUUACGACAGCGUAAGCUAUGUCCUGGGCGAGCUCGAAUAUCUUUCAGCGACUCUAUCAACACAGUAUCCCGAGGUUACUGUGAGAUCCUCGGAUGGCAAAGUCAUCGACACGAUCAAGCGAACGACGGCCGACCAGGUCACCAUGUCUGGCCUUCUCGCAAGCGGCGCACACUCUUCAGCGAUCGUCCACGGCAGUGCUCCAUUUAAGGGCGAGCCGGCUCUUAUAUGGCGAGUUGAGGGCGAUAAGGGCAUCAUUGAACUCCGUGGCGAGACAGCCUUUGCUGUGAGUAUGUCCGGGCAAGUCAAGAUCAGGCUCCAAGACUUUGCAACCGGCGAGGUAAAGGACAUCGACUUCGAAGGAGGUGACGCCGGCCCACCAGAAAACAUUGGAAGGCUCUAUGAGGCUUUUGCAGAUGGAAAGAAUUUGCCGGACUGGAAAUGGGCUGUGAGGCGGCAUGCUUGGGUUGAUGCGCUCUAUGAAAGCCAUGAGAGCGGAAAGCGCGUGUCGUAUGCGUAAUGGAGCGAUUUGUUCGUGUUCGUGCAUCAUGGCACAGACUAUUGCUUCAAGUCCAUGGUGUCAGAAUGGCUUGAGCGAAGCUCUCUCGAAAGUCAAGUCUCCUAACAUGCACUUUUCAAGGAACGAACGUCCUACCGAAAUAGCCCCGUGCGCACACAUCGUCGUGGAUCCAGGCUUAGGAGGACAAUAGACCGGACCGGGACGGCGCAGAAAGAAUCCUUUAAGAUAGCUGCGACAGAAGCUUACCUU